GGCCGUUAUAUUUUUAGGCAUAUGAUUUCUAAGAACUAACUAAGAAUAGAUGCUGCUUGCGCGUCACACCCCUUGAAGGACGCCCCGCGUAGUCGUUUUCCUUUGCUAUUCUUGGCGUUUUGGUUUCGAGCGAAUCGUCUCCACUUCAUUCUUCUAUUUCCUGUUGCCUUUUUAUUCUUGGUCGUAGGCUUCAUGCCAUCCCAACGUUCUGCGUCCUGCUCUGCGCCCACACACUUUUUCCCCUGGUUCAUCCGCCAUGGACCUUUGCAUCUCUCCGCAAGAUGCGGAGUCGAUGCCUCUCCAGGACGGUGAGGUACCUCUUUGCUUCCUGCAUUUCCAAUCAUGCAGUGCAGAAACCAGCAAAUUGUAGCAGAAGGUGAGAAGGAGAAGCAUAAUCCUUCUUCGAUUUCUUUGCCUGCCGAUGGCAUAUAUGACAUCAUUGCUGUGCGGUACAGAGAAAUUUGUAAAACUUUAAAUCUUCGCCUGAUUCAUUCUACGUUAGUUUUGGUAUAAGAAGAAACACGAUCGACCACCUACGUGAAAAUUUGUUUUGAGAGAGAAUUUGGCCUGCCAACUUGAAGAAAACAUCAAAAUACGGAGGAGUACUUGAUUGACGAAGUAACCUUGCCGUCAUCCUCUCAAGAUGACGGAAUUGGCGAGAAGCCAGCUGCGGCCUCUCUCCCCAUCACUUCUUCCUUCUGGUCUGCAAUCUGCUGCUUCAUGGACGCCUAAGGCUUCAGCAUCCCCUAGAGAUGGUAUUAGCGGUUCUAUGAGUGCCCUUACCGACCUUCCUAAUGGAGGAGUUCGGGCUUCUUUGCUGGUCCGGAUGUGGAAGGAGGUGGAAUCAGAGGCUGCAAUGAAGGCGCAAGAAAGCUGCGUCCACAGCCCUCGGCUGCAGUGCGUGGAUCCCCCCGUGAAUUGCCCGGUGAAGAAGGUUCUUACGAAUACCCACGACGAACCGCCAUCACCACUGCCGCUGCCGCCGCCUGAACGUGAACCUCCCAGUGUUAUUGAAGUUCCCCACGAUGAAUAUAAUUCGUCAGCUGAAAGCCCUGAAACAAUGAAAGAUCAAGCUUCUGAUACGGGUCAAUGUGGAGGGAGAGUCGCUGACAUCGUGAGAAAGCUGAGCUUGGUGGCGCAAAGCGAGAAUGGUGCAACACCUGCUGCAUCUGCUUCGGCAACACCAACUGCUGCUGCCGAACAUAAAAGAAAUGAAGCAGCGGCGCUCCUCAAUGAGGUAUCGUCUCCUGCGACCACCAAGUUGCAGGAUGAGAAUAUGCAACAGAGAAACGAAACCAGGUGCUCGCCGGACGAGAUCAAGAUCGAAAGGUACGCGUUCAACAGAAACAACCCACGAGUCCGGGGUCGGAUGGCCACUAUGGACGUGCUCGUGAGGAUGAAGCAUGAGAGACAGAGGGAGCUCGCUGCACUAGAAGAGAACCGACCAGUGUCGGAAUUUUCACAGAGGAGCCGCAUCCAUGCAUUUCUCAAAUUCAAAUGCUUGCGGAAUGGAGGCACGAGUAGGAAUCAAGGUACUCAUGCAUUAGGAACUCCAAAACUCCAUGAACUGCGGCUUGAGACUGCAAUCCUACCGUUAAGGGAAAGGUCGGCAACCAGCGGCUUCGGCAGCAUCCCAGACUCACCAACAAACAGCGUCCCCGCCUAUGAAAAUAGAUUCGCUCAAGCCUCCGACCUCGCAGAGCCGCUGUCCCUCGCUGCCUCCUCUGCUAGCUUUAUGACGACCACCACUGUGGAUGAAGGGGCGGGGAGCGUUACAGGAGGCGGCCGCGGCAUCUUGCUGGCGAAGCAGUCGUCCUUCUCUGACAGAGGGCACCCUCAUGAAGAAUCGGAAGAAAACUCGGAUGUGCUGUUGGAGGAGGACAGGAGCUCCGUGGCUGAGAACGCCGAGUGGGACGGCUGCAUCGGCAUUGCGACGCCGGAGGGGUGGCAGGGAGGGGCCUCGCCUGACCACCAUGGGGUUCCGGCAAGUGAUCUGCCUCACGACGAGGAUGAGCCGCUCGAGAGCGGAAGAUGGAUGGACUUCCUUUCUGCAGGGUCGCACCGCCCAUGGGAGAGCUGCAAGCGAAGUGUUCGCUACGACUGGUACGAUAGCACUUCAGAUAACCCGGAACUCGAGCAGCUUCUCAAGAGGAAGAGUGUAUCAACUUCGCUGGCAAGCGGGUUUCGCAAGAAAAUGGAUCAACUAAUCAUGUCGCAUAUAGAAAAGCAAGAGCAGCUUGUGGAAAGCGAAUAUCUGGAUACAAAGGAAGAAGACCUCAAGCCUCUGCAGCAAAAAAACAAUGCUGGAGCUCGAGCAGAUCAUGCUGCUGCAACUUCACGCUCCGAAACGCCUUCACUAGCGCAGGCUCUUGGUGAACAAGUCGACGAUAACCAUCAUAUGGUAUUUGCUGACAACUACCCUCAGCCAUCAGACGCAUCGGAAUCGGAACUCAUUUCUUCUUUAAAAGGGGAGAUCACUCAGCUACGUCAUUGGAUGUAUAAGUUGCAAAAAUCUGUAGAAAAUUGCAUGGAUAUGCAAGUAGAAUUGCAACAGUCCAUGAGGCAGGUUCUCUCUGCUGUGUUAUGCAAUUCAGGGAAAGUGGAAAAAGUGCCAACUUGCUACAAACAAGUUUCUAAUAGCAGAGGGAUCUGCUGCAUCUGCUGCAGCGUUCAGGUUGACUCCAUAUUGUAUAGAUGUGGUCAUAUGUGCACUUGUUUUAAUUGUGCCCACGAGCUGCAAUGGAGCUGUAGAACCUGUCCAAUCUGUCAAGCACCCAUUGAUGAUGUUGUAAGAACAUAUCCUAACCAAUGCUGAAGACUCUUGAACCAGCUGUCUCUCAUCUAUGUACGGCUUUUGCAUUGUGAAGAUUUCUUUAUACACAACAAAAUGACCGCAGAUGCUGAAUGUAAUUGGCAUAAUAAUUGUUUCUUUCUAUCUCCAUGUACCACUGUCAUCAUUUUGAUGAUGAGUUGUGCACAUCAAUAUCAUUAUUGUGGAUAAUAGAAUUAGAUAUUGAUGUAGUCAAUCCCUGCUUAUUAUGUAACCAGUAUUCCAACUGAUACAAUCUGGCUUCCUGUUGUUCUGUUGAAAUGAAUUUGGAUGAUGCUAAUGUCUUAUUA